ACUUGUAUUUCAGUUAAAAACAACUCAGGGGUGACGCCAGAGGAUCUGUGUGGUGCCUGGGUUAAAGAACCUGACGGAGGUUCCUUCACUUCUCCUAAUUAUCCUGAGAAAUAUCCUCCUGAUAGAGAAUGCAUAUACAUAAUAGAAGCAUCUCCGAGACAAUGCAUCGACUUGUACUUUGAUGAACAGUACGCCAUAGAGCCAUCUUGGGAGUGCAAGUUUGACCACAUUGAAGUUCGAGAUGGCCCAUUCAGCUCUUCUCCUAUUAUCGGUCGAUACUGCGGGCAGCAGAGCCCAAUGUAUGUGAGGUCCAGUGGGAGAUACCUUUGGAUUAAAUUUGUUGCAGAUAGUGAACUCGAGGCCAUUGGGUUUUCUGCAAGAUACAAUUUCACUCAAGACCCUGAGUUUAAAGAUGUUGGAACUCCUCUGACACUGUCAUCGUGUGAGUUUGAGAUGAGUGGGCCCGAGGGCAUCAUCGAGUCUGCUAUGGUGGAAAAGGAGAGCGAGGCUUUGCAUACGGAGGCUGUGGACUGCAAGUGGUUCAUUCAAGCACCACCUGGCUCAAAGAUCUACCUGCGCUUCCUGGAGUACGAGAUGCAGAACUCGAACGAGUGCAAGCGCAACUUUGUGGCGGUGUACGACGGCAGCAGCUCCGUCGAGCACCUGAAGAAUAAGUUUUGCAGCACGGUGGCCAACGAUGUCAUGCUGCUCACGUCAGUAGGCGUCAUCCGCAUGUGGGCUGACGAGGGCAGCCGCAAAAGUCGCUUCCGUAUCCUCUUCACCACCUUCAGAGAACCUCCAUGUGAGAAAGACACUUUCUUCUGCCACAGCAACAUGUGCAUUAACCAGACUCUAGUGUGCAAUGGUAUCCAGAACUGUGUCUAUCCCUGGGAUGAGAAUGGCUGCAAAGAGAAAAGGAAAGCCACCAUCUUGGAUAACCUGGACCAAACCAACAUGACCAUAAUAGGGGUGACCUGCGGUGUGGUAUUUGUUCUGCUCACAGCAUCAAUCGUCCUCCAGGUCAAGCAACCGCGCAGGAAAUACCUUGUCGGACCAGAUGAAUUCGACCCCGCACUGUUGCCUGAGCCCCUCGAGCCACCACAUUAUGAGCUGUGCACUCUGAGGAGCAUGGUGUCUGCUGAGGAAUUCCCUGGGCUGCGUCGAUCGUCCUCCAAGUGCGUUCACGGGCACCACUGCGGCUCUCUGGCAUCCAACGGCAGCCGCACUGACCUGAGCCUGAGUGUCCUCGCUGAGACGGCCAGCAACCCUUGCAGGAGCAUUGUGGUGAUGAAGCACAGCCACUCGCUCGAGGACACUGAGGUAUGUGAGCUAGACGAUGAGCCGGAGGACGAGAACAUGGAGGAGCAGUCAUGGAGGAGUGUCAAUGGACAUGAGCAUUCAGUUCACGUGCAAUGAUUUCUCACUGAGAUCGUCACAGAUUGUGUAUAGAAGACUGACACCAUGGCAGAAUGGAGAUCUUGUUCCAAGAAAAUAUUCUAGGAGCUUUCGGAAAACUAAUAUUGAAAUUUUGUUAAGUCGUCUGUAUAAACAUUAAGAAAUACCGUAAUGUACCAAACUGGGUUUGUCUGGGUUUAAAGGGGUUCUGAUGUGAAUUUAAUCUGCACUAUAGUUUGUUUGUCUGUCCCAUCAUUUUCGUUCUUCACUUGUGGUUGUGACUUGAAACAGUGAUACUGGUUGAUACUACUUUCAGUGCUUCUUGUUUUUUAUGUUCUGCAUUUGAUCAUCAGUGUGUCUGUAAAUACUCUCAUUUUUAUUUAUUUAUUAGUUUUGUUAAUUUGCUGCUGUGUGUACCUUUUUAAAGGAACUGUUUUUGGUCAAAGCACGCACACACACAUUCGGUAUGUUUACACGGACAACAAUAUUCCAAUAUUUAGACGAUACUCUGAUUAAGAAUCUAGCACGUAAACAGCGAUUAUUGAUGACCUUAAUCCGACUAAAGUCAUACUCGUAGUAAAUCGAAUUAAGAUGUGUGGCGUGUUCCUAUUUUAGUCACGUUGUCGUGGUGUAUUAUAGACAUGUAAACACCUUAGUCACAGUAUUGUCUUAUUCAGAAUAAUUUCCCACUAACCUCACACCACACCCAG